GUGUACUUCAAGCGAGAUGGGGAGCUGAUUGAUGUGGUGCCAACUGUCCAGGUUUCCUCCUCAGUGGAAGACAAAAUAAAUGGCCUAAGGCUGGAAAAGAGCUCGAGCUCCCGGGCUCUCACCGGUAGAGACCUAGAUGACACCAAAGUCCAGAAGUCCCUGUCCCUGCUGGAACUAGAAGGGAAGCUGGCUCGGCUGGGCCAGGACGGCCCCCAGGGCUCAGACAAGGGCCAAGAGCAGGAAUCCGAAUCAGACCCCAAGACAACCACCGAGGCAAUCCCUGAGACAGUGGUGAGCCGGGAGUUUCCCCACUGGGUCCAGAGCAGCGACCCGCUCUACCACUUCCAGCAGCGGCAGCAGGCGGCAGGGAACGGCACCAUGGAGGUUAGGGCCAUGCUGACCUGGAGCCUCAACCCCCAGCUGGACAAUGAGGCUCUGUUCAGCUGUGAGGUGCACCACCCGGCUCUGUCCAUGCCCAUGCAGGCCGAGGUCACACUGUCUACUCCCAGAGGACCCAAGCUGUCGAUGAGCCCCAGUAAGGCCAGGGUGGGGGACACCGUGCGGAUCACUGUCCAGGGCUUCAGGCUGGGACCUCCUGCCGUGAGUUUCCUACACGGGGGGGCUAUUUGA